UUCCGGUUUGUCAGGGUCGUGUAGGUCGCCAUGAGUCGGGCUUGGGUGGCGCUCGGAACCCGGGGGUGGCGGGGGCCGUGCACAAUCCGGAUUUGAUGGAGACAGCCGUGUGAAGCACGGAGGAACACCUGGAGUAACUUCUGAAAUGCCCGCUUCGCUGCCGCUGCUACUGUGUGAUCGAGAAUCUCCGGAGGGGAAGGCCCCAAAUCCUCGGCUUUGCCUAUCGCCCGUUGCCGGGGCCGGGGUUGAAGCGCUUGGCAGAGAUGGUGCUCGGUGUCGGAGAGGUGGUCGGAGGCUCGAAGUUUUCGGACGGACUCGGAGUCGGACUGUGGUCGGAUGCUUCCAGGAUGCUGCAUCGGCAAGUUGGCGGCGCUGGAGGUUCACCGUCUGCGUGAGAUGAUGGGACUUUCGAGAGACUUUGAGACUUUUUACCGUGCCCAUGUCUUUCACACUGGCAUCAAGAUGGACAAGAGGAGGGUCUGUUGCUUCCAACAUGGAUUAUAGUACAAAACCUGAGAACCCUUUACGCCCCAUCAGCAGAUACCCUGUUCCAUAUAAAAAGGACCUGCCAUAUGAUAUUGUUGAACUGAUGGAAGAGGUGGAAACCAAGGGUGGAUUUUUGCCAAAUAUAUUUAAAGCACUUUCGUAUCGGCCUGUGGAAUUCAGAGCGUUCUUUGCCUAUUACAACGCUAUAAUGAACAAAGAGACAGGAAAUCUUAGCAAAGCAGAUCGGGAGCUUAUUAUUGUGGCCACAAGUGCGAAUAACCAUUGUCCCUACUGCGUGAUAGCGCACUGUGCCUUACAUCGCCUUUAUUCAAAAAAUCCCACUCUGGCAGAUCAGGUCGUUGUGAACAGGCAGUCGGCUGAUCUGGACGAUCGACAGCGGGCCAUGUUGGAUUUUGCCCUUGUCGUGAGCAAAGCUGAAAACAUCAGUGACCACCACCUCAAAAACUUGGAGAAGCAUGGAUUUGAUAAAGAGGAUGUCUGGGAUAUCGGCACAAUAGCAGCGUUCUUUGCAAUGUCCAACCGCCUGGCUCUUCUCAUUGACCUGCGUCCAAAUGAAGAAUUUUAUACAUUAGGAAGAUUGCCAAAGGAGAAAGGAAAAAAGGAGGGUUAAGAGAGCUGGUUUUGAGGUCUCUGAUUUCACCCAGAUUCUUAUUUUGAUAAUAGCUCAGUAUGUUUAAUGAAGAGAACGUUUUGGAAUCCUUGGCUUCGAAUCUUGCAAAAUGCAAUGUGAAAACUAGAAGAAAAAAGGAUGAUUGCUGUGCAAAUCUGCAAUUAAUCCAGAUCCAGGAUGCCAGAUGCAGUUUGUAAAAGUAGAAACAUAACCAUUUGCAUUUAUUGUCAAGAGUAUGAUGGGUGAUGGGAUUGCAUCAUAGACUAGUGUGUAAAUUAUAUCAGUAUGUCUAGAAACCUCCAAGUUCUAGAAGAUAAUUUCUAGAGUAAUACAGUAUUCUGGUCUUCAAGGUGAAUCAAACUAAUCCAAGAGUUCUUCACGUUAUGGGUAUGAAUGGAUAAACAUUAAAUCUUGUUGGUUCCCUUUUGGGGGUUUUGGAAAAUCUAAGCUAACCAGAGUGCAACUUUGCUUUGUUGAAUUUCAGAGAAAUUCUAUUUCAAUGAAAUUCUGGUGCACAGAUUUGAUCUUAAAUAUGAAAGACAGCUAAAGAGGAAGUCUGAUUCUUUUGAUUGAAAAGAAUCCCUUGUAAUGGGAGAGAGUGAGAAACAGGGACACGAGAAACUCUGCAGAUUCUGGUAAUCUUGAGCAACACUCGAGUGUCGGAAACGUUGACUCUCAAUUUCCAUAGGUGCUGCCUGACCUGAGUUCCUUCUCAGUAUAGUAGUUAGACUUUGUGUAAAUAGUAAAAAUAAAAUCACCCUGAACGUAAGGAAGGGCUUGAGAAACAUUGGUUUCGUUUUGAAGACUAUGAAAUGUUUCGAUAGUGAACAGCAAGAGGUUUUCUGUGAAUUAAUAAUUCACUCAGAUCAAAGAUAUUAUCAAACAAAAACAGAAAAUUCCUUUUUUUUGGACUAAAGUAGCUACUUGUAAGAAUGAUAGCAGGGUAAUAUGCGACAGAAACAGGCCCUUCAACCCACAACUCUAUGCUGACCACAUCGCCUUCACUCUUAGUUCCAGUUGCCUGUGUUCAGCUGAUAACUCUCCAAGACCCUCCUGUCUAUGUAUCUAUCCAAAUGACUCUUAAAUUGUACCCACCUCAACCACUUUCUGUGGCAGCUCAUGCCAGCUAGUCAGUAUCCUCUGUGUAAAGAAAUUCCCUCUCUCUUAGAUCUAUCCCCUCUUUAUCUGUGCCCUCUAGUUUUGGAUUUCCGAACCCUGGGGAAAAGACUUUGAGAAAAUCGAUAUAACACAUGAAGGAGAAGAGGUUUUAAAAUGGGAUUGAAGUCAAAAGUAGACCUGGAGCAACUUCUUAAGCCCGUCACCCUUAUUGGAGCAUAGACCGCUGAGAGCAGCUCACCAGAGGCUUCUGUCCUGGGCCAGUCUUUAGGUAUUUUGAGGUAUAGCCCAUUGGAGAUCCUUCCUCUCACAGGGAUGGGGUCGUUGGAGCUUCUGUUGGCUGGGUUUUUACGGGAAGGGGUUGCUAGCCGGGCUUGGCAUGGUCCAUGGUGGAAUAGGUGUCAGUUAAUGAGGAAGCUUUCGCAAUUGAGUUUAAAACAUCAAUUUUAACAAAACUCACUCAUGUUGGCACCAUAAAUUUAAAUCCAGUUUACUUCUAAUUUUAAUUCUAAGUGUGGAAUAAACAAAAGAAAACCAGUGGAAUGGCAACCUGAAUUGACACGGUUCCAAUCAGCAGCUUAUGAAUGCAGUUCAAUUCAUUAUCGUUUAUCUUCUGUAUUUUUGUUCAGAAAAUGUAGUUUUCAGUGAAAAACAAGAGGGCAAAUCAAUUAAAAACCACAUUCAACAAAGGAAAACAGCCCGUGCUGCAUACGUCUCGUGUUCCUUCACAGGGUAUUUUUUUUUUUUGGUUAAACUGGUCUCAAAGGGAGAGAAAAUGUUACAGAAACAAAUAAGAAAUAAACUUUUCUCAGGCUUCCUGCAGGGUACGUGUAU